AUGGCUAGCCUUCGAUGGCCAGCCAAUCCCCUGUCCACCUGUACAAGACUGCACAAGACAACACGCAUUACCCAGUUAUGCACGCGCAACCUCUCGAUCCUCCGCAGGAAGCCUCUUAUAAUUCCGCACUCACUGAACCCUUUAUCACGCGAUGAACCUGUAGAAGAGGAAAAGUCCCCCGGCUACAGGUCCGAAGAUUACUAUCCCGCCAAGCCGGGCGAGGUACUUGCAGACCGCUACCAACUUAUUACCAAGCUCGGCUGGGGGAUGGCCUCAACCGUAUGGUUGGCGCGCGACAUGACAGGUUACCGGUGGCAGCAGGAGACAGUCGUCGCGCUCAAGAUCGGCAACACCAAUUGUGACGCAGAGGAACACGAACUCGCGCUCGAAGGACACAUCCCGCAAAGCGACGCGACACGAGAGGGCCGGAUCUUUCUGCGCACGGCGCUCGAGUCUUUUAUUUUUGAGAGCAAAGCGAGUAGGCAUUUGUGCUUGGUAUACGAGCCGAUGCGGGAAUCGCUCCGUGACUUUCGCUACCGUUUUGUCGAUGCUCAGAUACCUCUCGUGUUGAUAAAGCUCUACAUUCGAAUGCUGCUUCUUGGGCUAGAUUAUCUCCAUAGUGUCUGUCGUCUGGUCCAUACCGAUCUCAAACUCGACAACAUCAUGAUGUCCUUCGAGGAUCCAGUGGUUUUGGAUGGGUUUACGACAUUACAGUUUCAGGUACCCAUGGAAUACAAGAUCGACUCUGCCGGUCGACAUGUUUAUCUCUGCCAUAAUGAAUUUGGGCCCCUGAGAAAAGCUAGAAAUAUCCCCAAGAUUGUGGAUUUCGGAUCAGCGAUCAAGCUCAAUCCUGAUGCCAAGUGCAUUUGGCCGAUUCAACCACAUCAUUACCGUGCGCCUGAGGUAAUUCUGGGCUGUGGCUGGAACACGGGCGCGGAUAUUUGGAACAUGGGGGUCCUUCUCUGGAACCUCCUCCAAGGUAGAAACCUGUACACCCAGGUUUACGAUGUCCACGGAUACUAUAGUGCUAAAUCGCACCUUGCGGAGAUGAUCGCCUUGUUCGGCCCGCCUCCCCCGGAAAUGCUUGCGAGAGCCCGGGAAAUGCGGAAUCAAACGUGGUCGCCAAAGAUCAGAAUGACAGGUUGUAAUGGGAAGUUAUCGGACACGGCCGAAGAUUUGUUUGAUGGUCCCUUUUUUGAUGAAGAGGGCGAAUUCCUGUAUCCGGACUUGAUCCCCGAGCGUAAGCUCGUGGAUACCCUUCCCGUGCUUGAAGGCAAAGACAAAGAGAUGUUUCUUGAUUUAGCCAGGAAUAUGCUUGUAUGGGAUCCAACGGAGAGGUUAACGGCUGCUGAGCUGGCCGAGCACCCCGCCCUUCAAGAUAACUGAGGCUUGCCCCAUCGACUGUACUAUUAUGAUUAAGACACAGAACAUACUCCUCUCUUCAACAUAGCCUCCCCAUCAACGGAGACUAGAUCGAAAUCCAUGGACGGUGCAAGAAACAGCCAACUAGCUUGCUUCGCCUUCAUAGAGAAUUUUGGACGACAGUUGAGCGGCAUGGUUGUUGACCUAGACAAAAAAGUCAAUGGCCAGCUCCUUUCCGUCUUGCUUCUCGGUAUGUAUGUAACCAUGGCAUUUUGGC